AUGACUGAGACAAGAACAAUGUGCUGCACAUGCCUGACUCUCCACAACCCUUGGCGCCCCAGUACGGGAUGCCCUCUCAAGCUCGAGUUUGCCACGAUCGAUGAUGUGCCGGAGCUGACCCAGCUGUGGUACAAUGCCUUCAGUCCUUCCAUGCUGAAGGUAUGGCCCGACACCCCCGGAGUGCGACAGUGGUGGGAGUCGGCCAACCGGCACGAUAUGCUCAACAAACCAUGCGAGAAGUAUCUCAAGGUCGUUGACCCCAACAAUGAGGGGCGCAUUGCGGCAUAUGCCAAGUGGUCUUUGGAAACAGCCGAAGAGCGUGGUCCCCGGUACCCCUCCUGGCACCCAGACAUGGACGCUCAUCACAAUGAUGCCUUUUUCCAACCUCUGAAAGGUUCCCGUGCCCGCUUAGUCGGUGGUGGCAGGAGAAACUUUUACCUUGACAUGCUCGCGACACAUACCGACUACCGGCGGAGGGGGGCGGCGCGCUUACUCCUUGAAUGGGGAUGCGAGGUGGCGGACCAAGAAAACUUUCCCAUCUACAUUGACUCCAGUGAAGAGGGCAGACCGAUCUACGAGCGCUUCGGCUUCGUGGCUCAGAGCACAACAGGGGGGCUGGCGUCGAUGGUGAGAGAGCCCCGGGCGACGGAGGCGUGA